UUUGCAAUGUGUGUCAUCAACUGUGGGUGUUGACACUUGUUCACAUAAUAUUAGGAUAGACAAUAUUUUCUCUCUAAAUGUUAAUGGCUAAUUCCUAAAUUUAUAUUUGAACUUAUUUUAACUAUUAAAGCUAAGAUGUCUGGCGAGGGUCUGAGGCGUAGACAGCAGGGAGCCAGGGGCAGGGUUGUGGAGCGAGAGGAAUCUGAGACAGAGAAGGUCCACACAUCCAUUGGGUGGUUCAAAGCUGGUUUAAUCAGCACAGGAUUGACGUUUUUGGUGUUGCCUGUAGUUCUCUGGUUUAUCCCAUCCCCUAUUGACCCAGUGUCUUACACACUCCCAACUCCCCCACAAUGGACCGGUCCACUGAAGCCCAACACCCACCUGCAGAAAGCCACCAAGCUCUUUCUUGGAGAAGUCAAAGGGGCGGAGUCCAUGGUCUCCGAUGGGGAGUACAUGUACACUGGCACAGCGGAUGGUCGAAUCAUGGAGAUUUACAAAGGACAAAUCAGAGAACUGACGAGGCUAGGAGUGCCUCCUUGUGGCCGGUUUGAGGACGAGCCGACAUGUGGUCGCCCCCUGGGUAUGAGAAUAGACGCUGACGGCUACCUGAUAGUGGCUGAUGCAUACCUUGGGCUCUUCAAAGUCAACGUUGCCACAGGAGACAAGACAGUGUUAUGGCCCUCUACUGCCCCCAUAAAUGGCCGUCAGCCAAAAUUUUUCAAUGACCUUGACAUUGAUUCCGAUGGAACCAUUUAUUUGUCAGAGUCCAGUACCAAAUGGGACCGCCGGCAUAAUAGAUAUUGCAUUCUGGAAGCAGAAACAUCAGGCAGGCUGAUUGCGUACAACCCGGACACAAACACAACCGAGGAGCUGGUGACCGGCAUACCAUUCGCAAAUGGCGUACAGAUUACCAGAGACAAGAAAGCGAUCUUGCUCGUUUCUACCACACAGGCUGCUGUGCACAAAUACCACCUGGAGGGUUCAAAGAAAGGGCAACUAGAAACAUUCAACAACAACCUUCCUGGUUUGCCUGACAACAUACGCCGCAGCAGUCUUGGUGGCUACUGGGUCGGCAUGGCAACGGUUAGGAAACCAGGCAAAUCCAUGGUGGAUUUCUCAUCUCGGAGACCAUGGCUGAGGAGAUUUAUUACUAAGAUCCUGUCCCAGGAAACAAUAAUCAAGUACAUGUCAGCAAACUAUGGCCUCGUGGUUCAUCUUAACGAGGAAGGGGAGAUCACUCGGACCCUACACGACCCCUCGGGGAACAAGAUCCCCGCCGUAAGUGAGGUAGAAGACAGGGGCGGGCAACUCUACUUUGGCUCGUAUUACCUCCCCUACAUCAGCAAACUUUACCUAAGUGAUGUGAAGGAUGUGCCUUCUUGAUAUGUUAGGAUCGGUUGAACUUUGUGUUUAAUGUUAUUGAUAAGAUUUCACUCAAAUACUAUCAAAGCUUGCUAUGUAGUACUCUGUUAUCUCGAUGUUCUGGUUAUGUUAAUUUUUAUUUUGAUAUUUUGGGUUUAAGUAGACAUGUUUCGUAAUUUGGUGAUAUCGAAUGUUUGUUAUCUCGAAGUAUAUCCUAAGGUCCCAAGAACUUCAAAAUAGAGCAUUAAAGAGGAAUUUCGUUAUCAAUGUUCAUGAUUGAUUUGAAGUGGAAUUUUGCUAUCCAUGUUUAUGGUCCAUUUAAAGUGGAAUUUUGUUUUCUUUGUUCAUGGUCGAUUUAAAGAUGAAUUUAGCUUUUCCUUGUUUGACUCAGCUAAUGUGGAGAAUUUCAGUAAUCUGAGACUGACAGUAGAUUCAUAAUAUAGGUACCAGUAAUGGCAGGGUUUGAGUUGUGAGGAGCACUUCUAUAAUCAUAGCCAUUAUUGAAACACCCACAAUCACGUAAUUAACCUUAAGCAUGAGAUGUGUUACUUUUGUAAAGCAGAUGAAAAACUUUGCCUUAAUUUUCAUGGAAUACGGAAUAUGGAGGAACUCUGUAUUUGUUUAUUAAACCCUUUUGUAUUGUUCACAAUAUUGCCAUGCUCUAGCCAAUAUUCUUAUGCUGGUAAAAUGAUACAUUGCAUAAUUCUUGACAUUAUCUUGGUUACAACUACUUUGUACACUGCCGUGAGGUCUGUUCCUGUUUGUAGUGACCUGGCAUUAUCUUGUUUAUAACUACUGUGUUCACUGCCGUGAGGUCUGUUCCUGUUUGUAGUGACCUGGCAUUAUCUUGUUUAUAACUACUGUGUUCACUGCCGUGAGGUCUGUUCCUGUUUGUAGUGACCUGGCAUUAUCUUGUUUAUAACUACUUUGUACAAUGCCGUGAGGUCUGUUCCUGUUUGUAGUGACCUGGCAUUAUCUUGUUUAUAACUACUGUGUACACUGCCAUGAGGUCUGUUCCUGUUUGUAGUGACCUGGCAUUAUCUUGUUUAUAACUACUUUGUAGUGUCAUUUUUAUUAUGUAUUUUCAAAGGGACCUGUUCAUGUUUAAAAGAGUCAGACAUCAAAAAAAAGAUGUGAUGUGAAAUGUUAACAAUAUCCUUGUAACAAAGAUUGUUAACAAUAAUUGACUGACUGUGGGCUUUGUUUUACAAAAUUGUGUUCAAAUAAGUAUCUGCCAGUGCCUGUUCGAUGUUUGUUUAUUUACUUUUAGAUAUAAAGUAAAAUAACUGAAUUUGUACCAUGUUAAUAUUAAACCGGCAAGUAUUUAUUAUUUUUACCUUGAUUAUUAAGCAACCGUUAUUGUUAAUUAUUGUAUAACUAUACUUAAAUAAUUAUGAUAAAGAUAAUAAUCAUUAUUUAAUGUUAACUAACAUGUAAAGUUUGUUUAUUCCUUGUUUUACGAAAAAUCACAGACCUACGAAUGUUUAUAGGUCCUUGGUAUAAUUAUGCUUGGCUUUAUGUAAUAUAAAGACAUGGCUUAUCAGCUCUUUAUUGUCUUGAAGACCUGUACUUACAUUUUAUUUGCUCAAUAUAUCAAUAAUUCUAAAUAUAUGAAUGAUGAUUUAUAUGUUAUAAAACAUUUCAUGUUAUACUGUUAUUGAUAUUGCGAAGGUAUGUGUUCCAUAAAUUAAUCUCUGGUUGCUUUUAUUAUGUUACCGCUGUCUGUAUGUUUGUUUGAAUAGAAGCUUGCUUAUUACAUGUGUCACGCUUCACGGUGAAACUGCAGUUAUAUAUGAAUAAUUUUAGUGUUUGACAUGAUAAAUACAGUGGCAUUAAACUCAAUUGUAAACUA